GCCACUUCACCAUUGGGAGUCGGCUACCAAGCGUCAGCGCCGGUUUGCAACCAACAUCCUCAGUCCAACGCACGACCACAAUUUGCUCGUACACCACCAAGUGUCCCAUCUCGCAACAUUCAUGUGAGCCGGAAUAGUGGUCAGCGGCAUGAUGCGCCGUCUCAAUCUUGUUUUGCUAGCCAGCCUGCAGCUGUGCAGGGCUCGGCAACCUGGAUUCAGCAUCCACGAUGAUAUGCUGGCUCACCCGCAGUUUGAAGUUGUUUUCCCAGACACUAUAAUUCUUGAGAAAGACGCACAACGGAUAAUAGAAUCCUCACGAUCCUCCCAACCCACCUACACCGCCGACUUCUCCUCACAGACCGAACUCACCAGCCAGGCCCGCGAGUCCACGGCGGCCGACUCCGGCCAAGAUGGUGACCCCGAAGAUGGCAUGCCAGAGAUAUCCGAGGAAUUCGAGAUCAUCAACAUCCCGCCCUCUAGGUUUCUCUGCUCCGUCCCGGUGCUCGCGCCACCUCCGGCCCCCAACCAGACUGCGACAGACCUGGCAAAGGCAGAAGAGGCUCGCGAGCUCGCGCGGGCCAACAUGCGAGGAUGGGAGCUCAUGAGCGAUCUUGAGAACCAGUGCCUCUACUUUGUAUCUGGGUGGUGGAGUUACAAGUUUUGCUACGGACAGGAUAUCGUCCAGUUCCACGCGCUCCCCACUAACAUGAAAGGAGGGCUUCCGGCGCGGGAUCCACAUAGCCAAGAGUACGUCCUAGGGAAGGUGCAACAGCCCCAGAGCACCAAAAAGGGCAAGAAGCAGAGCAAGGAGUUACAGACGGACACAGGCGCCCAGCAGGCCGACUUCAAACCCCCGCCAAACACCGAGCUGCAGGUGAAGGGCGACCAGCGUUACCUGGUGCAGCGGCUAGCAGGUGGCACGAUUUGCGAUCUUACGGAACGCGAGAGGACCAUCGAGAUCCAGUAUCAUUGCAACCCGGGAUCGACGAUUGACCGCAUCGGUUGGAUCAAGGAGAUAACCACAUGUUCAUACCUCAUGCUGGUCCAUACGCCUCGCCUGUGCGAGGACGUAGCGUUCUUGCCGCCAAAGGAGACCCGCGCACAUCCCAUCAGUUGCCAGCGUAUCUUCGAUUCUGAAGAAGAAGCGAAUGCCUGGCGACUGCGUAACAGCAUUGAGGCCGCAGAAGCGGCGGGCACUAUUCAGGGUCAGGAGGAGGCCAGCGAGGCAGCGGAGAGCGAAGACGCCGCGCAGAAACAGCAGGACGCGCAGAGCCUAAACAAGUUCAGCGGCAUGGAGAUAGGCGGCAUCGUUAUCGGCGGCAAGCAGCUUCACGGCACGGACGAUGGCCAGCCUCCGCCCAAGUUGAAGCCACCAAGGGGCUUCGUUGCGGGCAAGGGGGCCUCGUCGAAACCACUUAUCGAAACACUUGCCAGAGCCUUGAGCAAGGCCGAGGGCGGGCAGGUGGAGAUGAUGACGGACGAAGGGCUUGAGAAGCGCAACCUGGACCCGGAAACCAUAGACCAAUUCCGCAAGGAGAUUGAGAAGAUCGCAGGGGACAAGGCCUGGACGCUCGAAGUUGUUGAGGUGCCGGGAGAGGUGCCAGAGAUCCGGGGCAUUGUGGACGACGGGGAAGGCGACGGGGACGGCGACGGCGAGGGAGAAGCCGAGGUCGAGAGCGGGGACGGCGACGAAGGAGAAGGAAGCGAAGAGAAGUUCUUCAAGGAGGAACUGUGAGGUGGUCUCGAGGCGAUGUCGGCCUUGUUGGUAGAGUACAAGACAGUACGACACAGUACACUUUAGCACAGCGCAGCACAUGAUUUUUAUCAUACCAUAUCAGGGUGUCUCGGAAACAAAACGUGGUGCGUCCAGACCGUCAGGCUCAGCCAAGGCGAACCGAGACGAACCAAAGGGACUAGACGGACUAGACGGCUCAAAUGCCUCAGCAGACGGACAGAAUGGGGUGGGAGGAAGACAAGGACCUCCUGAAGCGAGGCCCCCGAGGGCCGCAGCGCAGCCAUCAUGACGCAUGGCACCAAUCAAGCUUUCUUGAAGCGGAUCCAGCAACUUACGUGGUUUGAUGCCGUGAGAACUUGCGGCUGAAGUUCAGGGGCCAGGGGUGGGCCUGAUGGGUCUCUUGUCAGGGGGGCUCGAGCCACAGCAAGAUCCAUUCUGGUCGAUCCGUCUGCCCUGUCAGGGCCACUUGGCCGACGGGGGUGCGCUCUGGUGGCCCUCUUGGCCCUCUUGGCCCUCUGGUGGCCCCUCUUGGUUUGUUCUUUGGUGGGCUCCUGUUGAGAGGGUCCAUCAAAAGGCGAGAAAAAUCUCCUGAGUCCUGGCAGAUGCAGGCGUACGGGCGAGUCGCUGCGCUAGCCAGACCAAAGUGGGUAGGUAGGUGGACAAACAUGGUAUCUGUGCUGCAAUAGCGUGCGGUGCAUAUCUGGGCUGCUGGGCAUAUGAUGAUUGUGCAUCAUGGUGGUGACACUGUCGUAGUGUGUAUAGUGGCAGUCAGGCAGUCCCGAGUGGUGGAACGAUGCCUGGAUGCUUCCCACCCUCCCUGCCUCCCUGCCUCCCUGCCCUCAAAUCUCGGCGAGCACACACAAGCGGCAGCAGGCGGCAUCACCUGAUGAGCACCCGUCGUCACCAGGAAAAGAGUUUUCGGCCUCUUGGAAGACCACAGAGAGGGCAGGUCGAGCGAGGACGCUAGCAAUAGUCGCAACCCGUUGCAGGAGUCGGAUGCGACGAGAUCCUGGUUUCCCCGCAUUUAUUCUGCAGCAGGGCACGGCCAGAGUCCGCAGCAGCAACGCGGCAAGGUGUUUGGCCAGAUUGAAGGGGUCGGGAGGCUACUUGCUGUAUGUAGGGUAGGGUAGGCAAGGUUGGGUAGGGUAG